CCUCACUUUCUCUCUCUACAGCCCUAAAAAAAAAAAAAGAGAAGGAAAAAAGCAAUUGUAGAGAGAGAGAGAGAGAGAGAGAGAGAGAGAGAGAGCGUAAAUCAUAAUGAAAACAGAAACAAAGAUAAAAACAAAAACAGCAUUUCCCACCUUCUCUCUGUAGUUAUGUUUCUUUUUUUUCCCUCUGGAUUGAAACUCAUUUCUUAAGCUCAGAUCAAAAUCAGGCAAAAGGAAAAGAAAAAAGCAAAGAAAUGGAGUUUGUUGGCAAAAUAGUGAAGAAGGAUUUUAGAGGGCACGGUGUCUUCUCAGGAGUAGUUCAAUCGUACGACGCGUCGUCUGGAUUAUUCGAGAUCGUUUACGGGGACGGCGAUUCUGAAGAACUUGAUUUUUCUGAAGUUGCUUCUUUGUUAGAGCAGACAGAAGCUGAACCGGGUGAGCAUAAGCCUCGGCUUGGUCGUAGACCUAAGAAGCGGCGUCGCCUUGACCUAACCAGACGUGAAAAACGAGGAGGCUCAGGUAAUUCUAAUUGCAAUUCUCAUACUCAGUCAGUUGUAGAAACCCUACGUAAUGGGAAUUUUGAUUUGAAUGAUGGGUUAAUUGAGGAUUUGAGAGAAGCUGAGCGAGGAAAUGACAAUUUGGGAAGUAUGACUGCUGUUGAUUUGAAUGAAGGUGUGAAUGGUUGUGGUUUGAAGGAGAUGCUUGAUUUGAAUGCUGGUUUCGACCUGAAUUUGAAUGAAGGGUUUGAUUUGAAUGAGGAUGAUGGUAUAAAUGUUAGUUCUGAGGGAAAUUUGAAGAAGAGGAGAGAGUGUAUUGACUUGAAUAUGGAUGUGAAUGGUGAUGUUGAUGAGAAUUUGGUUAAUGGUAGUAGUAAUAACCAUUUAGGGACUCAGAAGAGGGAAUGUAGGUUUGAUUUGAAUUUGGGGAUUGAUGAGGAAAUCAAGGAUGAGGAGCAGGUUGGGGAUUGUGGACAACAAGCCAAGGAAAAAAUUCCUAAUCAAGAAACUCAGAGGAUGGAGGAUGCCGGUAUAGUCUUGGAGAGAGUUUAUAAUGAAGAUGGUGCUAUUGCAAAGGGGAUACUACAGGAAGUUCAUGUUUCUAAUGAUUUACUUGCACAGUCUGCUAAAGGAAUUUGCAAGAAGAGUGUUAUAUCUGGUGAAGAUUCCAGGGGUAUUGACUCUGUUGAAGUGCAGGAUACUAAAACUGUCAAGGAGGAUCCUCCUGAGGUAAUUAAUGAAAACCAAGGUAAUGAGGUAAUUGCUUAUCAAGAAGAGACUGGUGGUGGUCGGAAGAGGAGGGGGAGGAGGAGGAAGGUAAAGGAUGCAGAUAGCUUGAAUUCUACACCACAAACAGCAAUCUUUACAGAUGCUACAGUAAUUUAUGGAAACCAAGAUGAUAUAAGAAGCAUAUUUAAAGAUGGGAAUGGUAAUCAGAGGAGGCAGAGGAGGGGAAAGCCUGUGGAUGCCUUGAAUACUACACCAAACACAGUGGCCACCACAGAUGCUCAUGGUGCAAAGGAAGAUUGUGAUAUUGUAACUGAUGAGGUGCAAGGUGAUACAGGAACUGCAUUUAAAGAAGUGACUGGUAGUCGUAGAAAGAGAAGAAGAAUCUCAGAUCACAUGAAUGCUACACCAGAGAUGACUGUUCUAAGAAGGAGCACACGGCGAGGUACAGCAAAAAAUGAUGUUUUGACUGCAACAUCAUUAAGUAUGGUCAAUGGUCUAUUGGUGUCUCCUGCAGUUAGUGCAUUAGCUGAGGAGAAGCCUGCAAAAUCAUGCCAUGGAUGGCAUGAAGAGCCUGUUGUUCUUCCUGCAAUGGUGCAACUGCCACCUUCUUCGCGGAAUUUGGAUUUGGAUGGAAAUUUAGUAGUUGAUCUUUUCUCGGUUUACGCUUGUCUAAGAUCAUUUAGUACCUUAUUGUUCUUAAGUCCUUUUGAUCUGGAGGAAUUCGUGGCAGCUCUUAAGUGCAACACUCCUAGUUCAUUAUUUGAUUGUAUUCAUGUUUCCAUUUUGCAAACUCUGAAAAAGCAUGUAGAAUAUCUUUCAAAUGAAGGUUCUGAAUCUGCUUCUAAUUGCUUGAGGAGUCUUAACUGGGGUUUUUUGGACUUGAUUACAUGGCCUGUUUUCAUGGUUGAGUACUUCCUAAUCCAUGGUACAGAUUUGAAACCUGGGAUCAAUCUUAGUCAUUUGAAGCUAUUAAAAGAUGACUACUAUAAACAGCCUGUGUCUCUUAAGAUUGAGAUACUGAGGUGUCUAUGUGAUGGUAUGAUUGAGGUAGACAUCCUUAGGUCAGAGCUCAAUAGAAGAUCUUCAGGUGCUGAAUCUGACAUAGACAUCGAUAGAAAUAUGAAUUUUGGGGCUUUGAAGAAAAGGAGAUCUGGAAUGGACGUGUCGACUGGCUCGUGCUUAACUGAGGAUACGGUUGAUGAAAGCACAGAUUGGAAUAGUGAUGAAUGCUGUCUUUGCAAGAUGGAUGGGAACUUAAUAUGCUGUGAUGGUUGUCCUGCUGCCUAUCACUCAAAGUGUGUUGGUGUUGCCAAUGAUUCUUUGCCGGAGGGCGACUGGUUCUGCCCUGAAUGUGCCAUAGAUCGGCAUAAGCCUUGGAUGAAAACUCGGAACUCACUUCGCGGGGCAGAGCUAUUGGGGGUUGAUCCUUACGGCCGGCUAUAUUUUAGCAGCUGUGGUUAUUUAUUGGUGUCUGAAUCAUGUGAAACUGAAUCCUCAUUUAAUUAUUAUCAUAGAGAUGACCUUAAUGCCGUUAUCAAAGUGCUGAGGUCUUCAGAGAUGAUUUAUAGCAGCAUAUUGAAGGCAAUCCUCAAUCAUUGGGAAAUCCCUGUCAGUUCAAAUGGAGCAAGUUGUAGCCUGGGUUCUCUUAAUCAUGGUAUAUACUUGAACAAGUGUGUGGUUACAGCUGCAUUUGCAUCUUCAGAAGCAGAUGCAAUUAAGAAUGAGACUGCAGGUGAAAGACAACCGGGAGAAAACUUUGUUACAGGAUGUUCUGGACAUAUUCACAUUGAUGUUUCAAAGUCUGUGAGCCAAACAUGUCUCAGUUCUGAAGGAUCAGCCGAAACAACUCAAACAAGUUUAGAGAAUCAGAAUUUUAAGAAAGAAAAGCCUGAUUGUUCUAAUAAAUCUACUGAACCCAUGGGAGACAAUUGUUUAGAACCACCCUGUUUGGAUUCGAAAAAAGCGAAUGUAAUAAGAUCUGCAGCUAAUAGCUACCCGUCGUUUGCUUUAAAUGGAAAAAAUGGGGAUGCAUCCCAAAUUCAGCCAGAGACUAGCUACUUGAACUAUUACAACUUUGGUCAUAUAGCUUCAUCAGUUGCAGAAGAUUUGUUGCACAAGUCAUCAGAUAAAACCAUUGAAGACUCCAUAAAAUCAGAAGAAGAAAUAAUUUCUGCUCAAAUGAAGAUUUUGUCAAAAAGAUGUCCCAAGUUUCAUUGGUCAAGUAUUCCUAGAUUAAAUGUUGAUGUUCAGAAAGAAAAAUGUGGAUGGUGCUUCUCUUGCAGGGCUUCUUCUGAUGACCCAGGUUGCUUAUUUAAUAUGACUUUGAGUUCCGUUGGGGGGGAAGGGUCUGCAAUCGAGUCGGCUGGCCUUCAAGCAAAAGGGAACAAGAAGGGCCAUCUUACAGAUAUAAUAAGUCAUGUUCUCGUGAUUGAAGACAGGUUACAGGGGCUUCUGUUGGGUCCAUGGCUGAAUCCAAAUUACAGCAAGCUCUGGCGUAAAAGUGUUCUUAAGGCAUCUGAUAUUGUGUCUCUGAAACAUUUACUUCUCACAUUAGAGUCAAACCUCAGCCGUCUGGCACUUUCAGCAGAGUGGUUGAAACAUGUGGAUUCUUCCCCCAGAAUGGGUUCAGCUUCUCAUAUUGUCAUGGCUUCAUUACGUGCAUCUUCAAAGAAUGGAAUUAGUAAGAAAAGGGCGAGGUUUUCAGAGUUUGAUUCCAAUCCUUCUUCCAAUUCUUCCAGUGGGUUGAGUAUGCUUUGGUGGAGGGGUGGUAGGCUUUCCCGCCAGCUAUUCAGUUGGAAGGUUUUACCCCACUCCUUGGCAUCCAAGGGUGCGAGACAAGCUGGAUGUAUGAAGAUAUCCGGCAUGUUGUACCCCGAAAAUUCAGAUUUUGCAAAGAGGAGCAAAUACAUUGCUUGGCGAGCCGCUGUGGAGUCAUCAAACACUGUAGAACAAAUUGCUUUGCAGGUUAGAGAGCUUGAUUCAAACAUCAGGUGGGAUGAAAUUGGGAAUAGAAAUCCGCUGUUAAUGAUGGACAAGGAAAGUAGGAAAUCAAUCAGGUUAUUUAAGAAAGUAAUUAUCCGGAGGAAGAGCAUGGAACUGGAAGGGGCAAAGUAUCUUCUUGAUUUUGGCAAGAGGAAAUGUAUUCCUGAAAUUGUUUCAAAGAAUGGAUCUAUAGUUGAAGAGUCUUCUAGCGAAAGGAAGAAAUAUUGGUUGAAUGAGUCUUAUGUUCCCUUGUAUCUCCUCAAAAGUUUUGAACAGAAAAGAAUUGCCCGCAGAUCUAGUAAAAUGACUUCUGGGAAACUUUCUGACGCUAGUGUAUCAAUGAAGAAGCCGUUGAAGAAAAGAGGAUUUUCAUAUCUUUUUGCAAAGGCAGAAAGACCCGAGCAUCAUCAGUGUGGGCACUGCAACAAAGAUGUUCCUGUCAGGGAGGCUGUAUGCUGUCAGUAUUGCAAGGGAUUUUUUCAUAAGAGGCAUGUGAGGAAGUCUGCCGGUUCCAUGUCUGCUGAAUGCAAAUAUACAUGUCACCGAUGUGUUGCUGGAAAAUAUAUGAAGAUGGAUUCAAAAACAGGAAAGAAUGAUGAAAAAAGGGGGAAAAACAAAAAUAGGAGCACAAAAACUCAUAAUCAGAAGUCCAAAAAGACCACAGUGGGUAGCAGCUCAGUGCAUCCUAAAAACAGUAAAAAAACAUUGAGAAGCUCAAGGUUAUUAAGAUCACAGAAAAACAAGAAAGCUACUGUUGUUGUACCUCUGCGUCGUUCACCUAGGAAAGCUAAGUUAAACUCUCUGCAAAACAAAAAGAGCAGAGGACGCAAGAAGGGUAAACAGGCGAAACCCAAAAAGACAACGGGUAAGAAACCAACAAAAGUUACUUCAUGGCGCAAGAAGAGGACACAGGCUUAUCAUAAUUUCUGGCUUAAUGGUCUUUUUUUGACUAGAAAGCCAGAUGAUGAACGUGUAAUGCAUUUUAGGAGGAAAAGAUUUCUUGCCCCUUCUGAGAGUGCCAUUCAUGAUCAACCCAAAUGCCAUCUUUGCUCUGAAGCAGGAAAUACAUCUACCUUGAGUUAUAUUUCUUGUGAGAUCUGUGGAGAGUGGUAUCAUGGAGCUGCUUUUGGACUGGAUGCAGAGAACAGCAAUAAGCUUAUUGGAUUUAGGUGCCACAUGUGCCGUAACUGUAAACCUCCUGUCUGCCCAUUUGUAGCAGUAACAAGAAACCAUGAAUCUCAAAUGGCUUCGGCAGAAAAUGAUGUUGAAAAUGAAUUAUCCAUUGAAGGGACCAAUCUUGUUGAACAUCCAACUGAGACAAAUUUGUUCCAAGAUUCACUUCUGAAUGAGGACCACCGAGGUUCGCUUCCUGCUGAUGAUCCUGUUCACAGAGAGGACGAUCAUAGCUUUGUGCCUAAAUCUAAGUUGGAAAUAGCCAAUGGGAAUGUACUCAAUAAUCUGAAGGAGAGUACUGAUGCAGUUCAAAUUUCUGAUGAAUAUUUGAAUCCAGAACUAAUAUCAUGUAAUGAAAAUCAUACAUCCAAAGAGAGUGCCAUAAAUUCAGGGCAUGAUGCUAUUGUAAGAUCACAUGAUCAGAUGCAACCCCCUUCAUUCAGUGUUGGAGUGGAUGCAAUGGGAACCUUUGGCAGUGUAAGGGAUGAAUCAACGACAGCCUUCCUGAAGUCACCAUUGGAUGGAGCUCUUUACGAGACCAUUGAGCUGCAUCCUCAAUCAUUUACGGCAGCAGCUGAAUUAUUUGACGCGGGAGGAAAGCAAGCGGAGAUUUGAUAAGCAGUGCUUCAUUUAAUUGGGGAAAUGAAGAGCUGUAGAGGCUAGAGUUACUUGUAAGUUUAGAGUUACCUGUAAAUCUUUUAAUGUUGUUGAAAUUCAUGGCAGAAGUUCAAAAGUUAACACUGAGAUGAUUCAUUUGAAACUGAAAAAUAAAGGGUUCAUUUGGAGCUGUAGUUUCUUGACUGACUUCCAUCUCUAUGAAGAUUGCUCCGUCUCAUUGCUUGAUAUGCAAUAUGCAAGAUUGGGAAGUUCACAAGUGGCUGAUAACUAUGCCCGAAGAUAAUCCUGAGAGGCUUUUGAUCAUCUUAUGACAAGGUCUGCUGACAUUUUUCCUUUUCCAUGUCCCAACUGCCGCUCACUGUCUGCUUUCUUCUUUUCGAAUUAAGAUUUGUUUGGUUCAUUGGGAGGACCCUCGAGGCAUGGAAUGCUACAGGUGAGUUUUUUUAGGGCAGGACACGCUCAUGUUAUUUCAUAUAAUCAAGUGGGUGGUCUUAGUGUUUACAGUUAGGCGUUAACAAUGAUAGUUCAGAUUGACUUUCAAUUUAAAUGUACUAGUUGUUAGCUGCAAAAGAAAAAAAAGGCAUAUGUAGAUAUGAUAUCAAAAUAGUCAAAUUGAUUUCUGAUUGCAUUCUUUUCCUUCUUCCCAGUCUACGAUAUACUCAUUUCAGCAGUCUGAUUGAAUUCUGAUUGCUUGUAUCCUUUGAUUUCUGUGUGAUUGUGUAUAUGAAUAUACAUACACUCCCAGAUUCAUAUUGAUGUUAAAAGAUUACUUAAGAUGCUUUUUUGUGAA